UUUGAAACCGCAGCUCCAAAUCUCGGUCAAGAACACCUCUACAUAUAUACACAAACUGCCAUCUUUUUCUCUUUUCCUUUCUACGUUUAGUGACGAGUGAAAGCAAAGAUGAGCCACCUCUUCCAAUCGCUCACUUCCUUCUUCUCCGGCGGAGAUCAGCUCCCGUGGUGCUCUCGCGAUGUCAUUGCGGGGUGUGAGAAAGAAGUUACAGAGGCUGCAAAUGAUUCCUCUGAUGAGGCAAAGAAUGAGAGCAUUAUGCGGUUAUCUUGGGCACUGGUUCAUUCUAGGCAAUCAGAAGAUGUGCAGCGUGGCAUAGCGAUGCUUGAAGCUUCAAUAGCCAACACCAGCAGCCCAUUGAAAAAGAGAGAGAAACAAUAUCUAAUGGCUGUUGGAUACUACCGAAGCGGUGACUUCGCAAGGAGUAGGCAGCUUCUUGAACAAUGUUUAGAGAUUGCGCCAGAUUGGAGGCAAGCUUUGUCACUUAAGAAGGCGAUUGAAGAUCGCAUUACAAAAGAUGGUGUGAUUGGUAUCGGCAUUACUGCUGCUGCUGUCGGACUUAUUGCUGGCGGGAUUGCUGCAGCUUUGGUCCGAAAGAAGUAAUCAAAUAUGGCUAAGUUAACAAUAACAUCGCCCCCUCUCGACGAUUUCUUUGGUGGCACUGGCAUGGCAUCCUUUGUGGGGGGGGGGUUUUUGGUAAUGUUCCAUAAAUCAGUUAUGCAGCCCUUUUUGUUUUAACCUAGCCUCUUUUUCAACAAAGCAGCAUCUGUUUACAACUCUCUGCUUUGAUUUAGUAUUUGUUGCUUCAUAGAAGGUAUUUACCUUGUUUUAUAAUAAUAAUGUAGUACGUAAAUACAUCCCGUGACUUGCAGAUGUUUAAGAUUUCAUUGUUUUAGCUUUCCGAAUGCUCUUUUCUGUGAUUGAACUUUAGCAGAUUCACAUGUGAAUGAUAUUGGUGACCUGAUUUCC